AUGGAGACAAGCCGACAGAAUAUCCCCCAACCUUUUAUUCCACCAGAAAAGCCUUCCCAAAUACUACCGUCCAUCAUACUUGGACUUUUUUCCUCAGCUAUUUUCUUCAUAAGAAGUGCUUUUGCCACUUUUCAACUCCACCAACCCAGACUUCUUAGGCAAAGCUGUGAUCCCACCAUCAAUCAUUCCUCAAUUGUUCUCCUGCAGGAGAGAUUCAGACAGUUAGAGAGAGCAAAGGAAAUGAGGCAGCAGCGGGAGCUCUUAAAGUUGUUCUCUGAAUCAGAGCAUGUCCAGCCAGCCAUGGCCUAUGAGUCAUCAAAGUUGUUUUUUCUCUCUGAAUUAAUCCUUCCACCUAGGCAGCCACUCCAAGCCUUUCUCUCCUCCCAACCAACCAUGCAGACCGAGCAUACUAGUAUCCAUGUCAACGAGACUCCAAUGGUGAUGAAUUUAUGCUCCACAGACAGUGUCAUGAACCUAACAAAUAACUUUGAUGAAUCAGAUGUAGAUACCUCACUUCAUCUGUGA